AUGGUGUAUGUCAGUGCGGUGCUGGAGAAGCUCAUAAACUCUCUGGGUCUGUGGGAGUUCCCUUGUGGCCCCGGGCCCUGGAAGCAGAGUGCUGAUGAGGACCCUCAGAUCCUCCAGGACGUCCUGGACUGUCCCUCCUCCCCCUGGCACCAGGAGCCCACCUGGAGCCCACAGGCUGCAGCCCUGAGGAGGAGGGCCGUGCUCAGCCACAAAGCGCUUACCAGGAGCUCUGUGUACAGACACUUCACUGCUCUCAGACUUAUGGACCAGGGUGUGACUGUGCUGGACAGCGGGCUGUUGAGGCUGUCCAACCUGGAGGAGCUGGUCUUGAGUGCUAACCAUCUCCAGGAGGUCCCUGCUUUUCUGCUGCCGGUGUCGCUCACGGUCCUGGAGCUGCAGAACAACCAGCUGAGGUCCCUGUCCUUGCUGACCACUCAGCCCCCUCCUCGGCUACUCUACCUGGGCCUGGCUUACAACCCGCUGGGCUCUGCUCUGGAUGUGUGCAGUCUGACCGGAGCGCACUGGCCGACGCUGCUCUGUCUCGACCUGUCCUUCUGUGACUUUGAGAACCAGAGAAUCCUGUUGGGGGCGCUGUCCUCUCUACCCUGCCUAAGGAGCCUGCUGCUGGAGGGAAACCCGUGCUCCCUAGGCUUCUUGUACCCUGGGCUCACUCUGGACUUCCUGCCACAACUGUCCUACCUAGACUCAGAGCGGGUCAGAGCAGAGGAGAAGGAGGCAUUCAGGGGGCUGGCUCUUCUCACAGGUGCAGAGCAGGAGAGUGCACAUGUCACAGUGCAUGUGGGUCGGCUGAGGGGACUUCCUGACCCUACAGUGCGGAAUCUUUUUGCUGUUUACACAGGCUCCACCCACAGCUCGUGCAGUCUGCCCUGGUCCGACUGCAUGGAUUUCAGUGAGACCCACCACCACAGUGUGUCUGACCUGAGGGCCCUCAAGAGCUUUGUGAGGCGGGGCAUGUGUGUGCAUGUUGUGGAGGACAAGACCCUGUCCUGGCCUGCAGUCGCUGAGGACACAGCUCCUAAACCAGCCUUCAAAGAGUCCAAAGGAGCAAAGGGGAAAGAGCCUCCAAAUAAAGGUGCUUCCACCAAAGACAAGGGCAAAGACAAGAAGAGGGCCCCCCCAGAGCUAGUGCAGGACCCCCCCAUCCGGACACUGCUGGGGACAGUGCAUGUGCCCCUCCACAGUCUGCUUCACAGUGGACACACAGUGGCGCUGUGCUGUGACUUUGGACCUCAGGGACUAGACACAACAGAGGCUGACAACACUAUGGACAAGGAUGUCAGAAAGAUGGUGAAAGAGGACAAGAAGAGGGAAGAAGACUCAAAGGCAGAAGCUUCAGGGAAGAAGACUGAUACUGCCAAAGGAAAAGCCAAGUCGGUGAAGGAGGUGGAUGAGGCUGGUGCAUGGGGACCUUUGGAGCCCAUCACGGUGGAGCUGUGUGUGCAGCUGGACCGAUGGCAGUCUGCAGUCAAGGCAGCUGAUCAGCCAGAUUUAAGACUGAUGGCCAUUAAGCUAAAAGGGGAAAAUAUGGAGUGA